GUGUGUGUGUGCGCGCGCGCGUGUGUUCUGUCAAUGGGGAGGAGAAGGGAAAAGGGGAGGAGAAAAAAGGAGGAGGAGUAGGGAGAUUCAUUCAUCCACUUUCACAAGUUGUUGGUAUAUAAUGGGGGUUUCCGGUAUAGGGAGAAGCCAGAAGUUUCAGAGUGAAGGCUGCAACAGGGCAAAGUCAUGCCAAAGGGAAAAAGUCCAGAGCUGGACCCAGAAAGAAGAAUGGGAAUGGUGGAGGAAGGAGGCAAUGAUCACAGGACCAAUCAUAGCACCAGAAGAAACCCAAGGAAAAUGAACCCGGCUGUCACUUUCUGCAUGCUUUUGGUCUUCAUUUUUAUUGUUCUUUUGGUCUAUCUGCUUGUGGAAAACUUCAGAUCUCAACAGGAAAUGUGUGCAAGGGGUCAGGCAAGAGAAUCUGACCGGUUGCAUCAACGAGCAUAUGCACCACCCAGGUCUAAUGCAGAUAAGCCAAGAGCUCACCUGACAGCUAUCCGACAGAAGUCUGUGACUCCCAUCAAGGAUUCGUGGCCGGCUCUUCAGUGGGAACAUAAACUUGGCUCUGCUUUCAUCAAAAAUCAAAUGAACUACACCAACAAGUUCCUGAUUAUUCCAGAGUCAGGAGACUACUUUGUUUACUCACAAGUCACUUUCCGAGGCAGCAUGCCAGAGUGUGGUAAAAUCAACCAGAAGAAUCGAUCUAACAAACCGGAUUACAUUACUCAGGUCAUCACCAGAGUCACUGACAGAUAUCCAGAGCCAACACAGCUUCUAACAGGAACGAAAUCAAUCUGUGAGAUAGGCAGCAACUGGUUUACUCCUAUUUACCUGGGAGCUGUUUUUCCUAUGCAGGAGGGGGAUAAGUUGAUGGUGAACGUCAGUGACAUCUCUCUUGUGGAUUAUACCAAAGAAGAUAAAACAUUCUUUGGAGCUUUCCUGUUAUAAGGACUAAGCAAGCUGUCACUAUAAAAGGAUGCUAUUUUCACUAAAUAUUUCUAAUCCCUAAUUUUAAUCAUUUGUAUGUACUUAAACCCAGAAAAUUCCACAAGAGGGUAGGAGGAAAAAGGGGAGGGAAAUUCCAUUAAGUCAGUAGUUUAGGUGGGAAGUUCUGAGUUGAAAAAGCACUUUAUAAUAUUCUUAGAAUAUGAGAAUUCUAAACAAGCAAGAGAAAGUAUUAUGGAACAUAGAACUUUAAACAUAGAAGCGAUCAUAAGACAUAGAAUGUCUGAACUUGAAGUAACCUUAAGACAUUGAAUGUCAGAAUUUGAAGAAACCUUAGAACACAGAAUUUUAGAGAAACAAGGAAACUUAAAAUGCAGAAUGUCAGAGCUGAAAGGAGCCUUAGACAAUAAAAUGUUAGAACAUAGAAAAUCAUAGGCAGAAAGGACUAUUUUAUAAAUUAUCUAAUCUAAUCCCUUUUUUUUAGUGGGGAAAAUGGGAAAUGACUCAUUUAAAGUCACACAGUUAAUAGAGAAACAGCAUUACUACUUGAAUAGUCCCUGAGCACAGAAGUAGUUUCUAGAGAAGGAAAUAAGAAUGUAUACAGCACCUCUGUGUUUUGGUUACCAUGCAAAUAUGAUCUCAUUUGAUCCUUACAGCAAUCCUGGAAUAGAUGUGCUAUUAUUAUUCCAAUUUUUCAGUUGAGGAAGAAGGCAAACAGAGGUUAAAUCACUUGCCCACCAUCACAUAGCUAGUAAGUGUUGGAGAACAGAUUUGAACUCAGUUUUUCUUGCCUCUUUAACACAGUACUUUAUUUACCAUGUCACCUAACUACCUUCUAAACAAAAGAACAAGAAGAGAGUUCAUUAAGAGGAAUGGUUUUUUGUAUGCUCUAUCUCUGAUCUAAAUCUCUAAAAUAAAUAGGGGUGAACAAAGGUGUUUGAUAUAAAGGAUAAAACACUUGAUUUUAGAGUCAAAUGUAAAAUGAAGAUGUUGGCCUAUAAUGUCCCUUUUAGAGCUAACUUUAUGGUUGAAGAACCUAGGAUCCCUUCAGUUCUCAAUUCUAUGACUCCCCUGAGCUUUAAGAAAAUACUUUUCCUUGAUGUCCUACUAUAGAUUUAUCAUUAGCAAUUCAAAUUAUUUCUUUCAACUCCAUUAUGUAAAUCACCAUGAAUUUUCUCAAAAUUUGGAUUGGAUGACCUGUGGCAAUCACAAAGUUUUCUCAACUGAACUUUGAGAUUUCUUUAAUCUCCACUUACCAUCUUGGUUCCAAAAAUGAAAAAGUAAGAUAAUAUGCAUCAGGAACUCUACCAACAGGGAUUUUUCUCAUGCCAGAGGUAGAAUUUAUGCAAAAUGGCAUUUUCUCAACAUGACAUGCACACACACAUAAUGAUUGAAUCAAACAGUGGACAACUUCAAUCAAAAUUAAGUGCCAUAUAAAGAAACUCCUUCAGAAUACACAAAAGGGUGCUUGCUAUGAUGGAAAAUUAACUUAAGUCUUCAAUGCCAAAAAACAUCAGCUCACUAAAUCCAUACCUUCCACCAGUUCAAAGAGGUAAAGAAACGACAUCUAGACUUGUUACUCAAGAUGGCAACUUGUUUACAUCACUCAAAGAUGGUGGGAACAUUAAAAAUCUUCAGAAAGCUCAAUACAUAAACACCAAUGUUCACAUUGUUCUCAUUCCAGCUAGACAUAAUUAGCCUUCAUUACCUAGGAGUUCAUAGAAGAAGAUUUGUAAUCUUAUAAUCAGAAAAUGUGUGACCAAUCUUCAAACCUGAAAAAAUUCAAAAUGGAAGCUAGAUCUACUUUGGGGCUGGAUUUGGAUUGGUUUCUUUGUUUAAAUUUGUUUAUAUUUAUUUUAUAAUCAUUGUAAAAGAGGACAAAGUUAUAGAGUAAGAGAAAGAGUUUAUAAUCUUCAACAAUUAUGAUUAGGAACCCCGUGACAAUGAAAGAAUUUCCCUUGGAGGAAAGAUUAAAGAGCAGAAUUCAAA